AUGCGACAGAGGGGGAUAAAACGACUACGAGAAGACAAGGGAAGAUGUCUGGUAGUGACGGAAAAACAUCACUACGAGGUGAAUCAUGUGCCGAUCCCUGUCCCUAUGCCACACGAAAUUGUCGUCAGAAAUUUGCUAGUGGGAGUCAAUCCCGUUGACUGGAAAUCGGUCGAAUACGGCUUUGGCAUACAUGGAUACCCCUGGAUCAAUGGGCGGGAGUCUGUGGGGGUUGUGGUGACAAUAGGAGAUGCUGUGAAGAAGUUUGGAGUUGGCUCCAGAGUCCUGCUGGUGAGCACAAACUACCGCGAUCUGCGUACGUCGACUUUCCAGGAGUUCACUGUAUGUCCUGAACAUUUGGCAGCCGAUGUGGGCGGAAUGGAUUUCAGUGAAGCAAUUGGUUAUGGAGUGCCUUUGAUUAGUGCUUAUGUUGCUCUAGAUGGAUUGAAAGCUGGCUCUGGUACAGUGCUCAUCUGGGGAGGAGCUAGUUGCACAGGAGUGUUUCUUCUUCAGCUGGCCAAGAGAAAAGGACUCAGGGUGGUCAGUAUAGCUUCUGAAAGGUCACACACGUAUGUCAAAUCAUUUGGAGCUGAUCUUGUUCUCAACAGAAACAAAAUCCUGACCGCAGAAGAUAUCCUAAGUGCAAUCACUGAGCCAAUAGUUUACGCAAUUGACUGUAUAGGGAAGGAGUCAGCGUCUCUGGUCCUUCAAGCGUUGGAACUGUGCAAGCACUCCGACCACUUCAUACCUCAAAUGGUCUGCUUAAACGCUUCGUUACACUCAGAUACAGUCUCUGUCAGGAGUCUCAAUCUCAAAAAAGUACACGAAAACGAAGACUAUGGCCGUCAAGUGACACUAAAGAUUGAACAACUCAUCCACGAGCUGAAACCACCCAAAAUUCACUGCUACUCUGGUCUAGAAAACAUACCCAGCGGACUCGGUCAUGUGAAACAGGGACAUCCAGGUAAGACUGUCGUUGGGAUCGAGUACGUCGACUACAGUUCACACGCUCACUACCAUAAAUGA